AUGUGGCUGCGACAUUUAUUCCUACUGCUUUGGGCAGUUGAUGCCCGGGAGGCUGCGGUCACUGAAACAGCUGUUGCGCGGAGUGGAGCUGCACUCCUACAGCUACCAGGAUGGAACCUGGACAGUUUGGAGCAGGUGAUGGAAGAGACAUCGACAUCUUCCGGACCUGCAGAUGAAGAGUCCGAGACCUUCAUCCGGGCGCUUGAUCGACGACAAGUUAGAUUGGUGAUGGGUUGCAUUUUUCUGGGUCUCGUUGGCUCCUGCGCCUUCUUCCUUUACUUUGGUGUCUACGGGUCGGAAUUCUUCAAGGACAUCGACCUCACGAACCAGAUGAGCUAUCGAAGCCAGGGAUUGAUCUCCUGGAUGAGUCUGCUCUCCUUGGAUGCGACCGUCUGGCGCAGUACGGCGCUCAUGACCAUGGUGUACAGAUUUCUGGCCUGGACGCUCUUCGUGGCUUCCUUGGAGUUCCUCCUGGUCUCGGAUCCGAGCUCCGUGGAUCCGCUGCGCUUCUCGGAGAUCACCACGGUGAUGACCGUCUUUGUUUCGUUGCUCUUGGGUUUUUUCAUCACCCACUCUGUGGCACGCUGGACUUCUUGCGUCGAAUCCUUUCUGGGUUUAUUUGAGGCAAUUCGUGCCCUGCAGAUGCAGCUGCACGCCUUGGGGGUGAGCAUCGCCAAGAUCGACCGCCCGGUGAGGUAUGGCUUACUCUCGGCAUGGCUGCUGGAUCACACCAUGCGUGAAGAUCGAAAGGCAGGUCUUCGGCCCGAAAUUUGGGAUCGGAUCCAGGAGUUGAAGGACCCUUUGUUGCAUGUGACCGAAAGCGAGCUCGAGGACCUGAAAAAGAUGGCGGACCCUGCGAUUCAGAUCUGGGUUUGGGUGGCCUCCUUCUUGGGAUCGCUGGCGCAAGAGGGAGAGAUUCCGCCCAUGGCGAGUCCGAUCUACGGCCGGCUGUUGCAGAUCGUGAAGUCCGCCCAAGAUUCCAUGAAGCAAAUCCGCGCAGUGAGAGAGGUUCAAGUACCCUAUGUCUACACACAUACGCUGGCGGCUGUGGUCCACGUGAGUAACAUACUCUGCGCUACCAGCAUGGGCCUUACUGUAGGAAGCUGUUUGGGCUCCAUCCUCGUACACAUUGACCCGCGGCUGACACUCUAUGGGGUCGAGCCGCAGCCCAAUCACUCCGCAGACACCGAUGUGCAGGUGUUGAUCAUCCAAGGGUUGAAAUGCUUCUUUGCUCCUGUUCUCUACCAAGCAUUUCUGGAGAUAGGCUUCUGUGUGUCCACGCCUUUUGGGGCGGGUGCAGAAUCGGCCAAGUUGCCAAUCGAUGAGUUGAUUUCAGGCUGGUUGGAGGACGUGAAGCACGCCAACCACAUGGCCGUCGCGCCCCCGGGCUGGGAGGCGCCCUGCUUCAAACCCAAGGACUUCAGCGGUGCCGCGGCCGCGGCCUCGAAGAGCCCGAAGGCCUCGAAGGGCCCAGUGACGGUGCUGCCGGCUGCGGCCGGGGCGAGGCGCGAGUCGAAGAUGUUGGAGGCGCUGGAUGUCGCAAGAUCGCCACGAGACAGUCCACGACAAGGUUGGACAAGUCCGCGAGAAGCUGGAGGCAUCCGUCGAGCCGCCACCACCGAAGGCUCGGUGGACGCUGACGCAGAGGUGGCCCGUCCCGGGCUGCAGCGGGCCAAAACGGAACAGCUCUGA